AUAUACCUACUUCUUUAAAUAACAACGUUGAAUAACGUAAUAUUAAACGCUGUGUUAUCUCGAUUUUACUAUAUUGUUAUGCUAGCAUGAUUAUAGGUUAAGCAUAUCAGCAAUACGUCAACAUCCAGUACAUCUAGUGAACAGUAUUGAACAUCACGUCUAUUGAAUUAUUUUAACCAGUAUCGAUAUUUGCAGACGGAGCGUCUUAUUAAGUGGCUAGUUACGGUUGAGAGCUGAAAUGACAGCGUUUGCUAAUCAUAUUUCAGGCAGACAUCUUUUUUUUAAUAUAACGUUAGUUUAACAUUCGACAUCCGAACAUAUUGUAAGUAAGGAAUAUUUUACAUCACACGACUUGAGGUCGCAAAUUUGACGCUUUAAUGUGUUGGUUUAUUAUAAUAUAUGAAUGUCAUGGUACGUAUAGCGAUUUCUGCUAAUAGUCAGCAAAACACAAUAGCCUUGACGAGGACAAAAGCUCCGUCAGGAUGUUAUUGGAUCUGCUGGAGACAUUCUCUAGCUAGACAUCAGUCAUUCGACGGGGAGUAUUUGAGUAUUAUACAAUGGACACUUACAGAUUAUUUUUCUUAAAUGCUUGUUAGGAGUAUUUAUCUGACAUUGGGAAAACCCAGUGAAAUUCAUCUCUAGACUGACAUUUGAGAGCAGACAUCCUUGUAUCUGCCAGCUGUCAUCUUGUGUCAUUGACCUCACUAGUAUGAUGUUAGACGGUUAAGUUUGACGUUAUUUAUUUAUUGCUUUAGCCCGUAUUGCGAAAUCCUUGAGUUUUAGACGAAUUCAGUAAACAUGGUCACAUGACUAGCCACGUGGAGGCAGGAGCUUGUUUUUUUAGAGAUCUUGGCCAUCAUCCAUUAGUCAUUAUUGACACCAUUAUUAGAUUAUAUUGACACGUGCCUUGCAGUUUUCUUUGUCUUUCGUUUUAUUUACAAGCGCAUUUAUAUUGGCACCUAAAUUCUAAAGUAUUUUUAUAUAAACAACAGCUUUUGUUCAUGCUUGUGUUUAAUUCACUUUUCUGAAGCAUCCCUUGAUUAUUCCUGAUGCUAAAAAUAAGUCUGGGAGAAACUGUGGUUACUGAUUUAUUCAUGUAAUUUCUUAUUUAUUUAAACAUCCUGUUGCAGUAGUUCUCAGCUGUUUUUGUUUUAGGACAGAUUUUGUCAAGUUGCCCAGCACUGUACAAGUUGUUUAUUGUACAAGAUGUUUUUCAAAUCGAACAUUAGAUUUACUAAUAUUACUAUUAACUUCAAAGGCAUGACAAUGUGUUAUAUAACAGUAUGAGACAAUAAAUAAUCUAUAAUAAAUCUAACUUUGUUUUCUAAUUAAGUUCUGAAUUCUGAUCAACAGCUUAUAAUGCACAGUAAAACUGUUUAUCCUUUUUGCGAGAGCAAAAGCUUUUCGUUUCAUGUGUUUACUUCACUUUUCUGAAGCAUACUUUUAUUAUUUUCAUGCCACAAAUAAAUCUGAGAGAAACCAUUUUUUACUUAGACUUACUCAUGCUGUCAGAUGUAAUUUAUUGAAACCUCCUGUUGCGUUAGUCUGCAGCUGGUUUUGUUUUAGGAUUUUAUGUCAGUUUGCCCAGCACUGUACUAAAGAUGUUUAUUGUACAAAAAAAUGUCUUUCAGAUUAAAUAUUGACACAAACGGCAUAAGCCUUACAACAUAAUAAAUGAUUAACAUGACACAAUGAAUAGGAUAAUUGAUCAUUUUGGUUUCUAAAGUCUGAUCAUGUAAACAACAACUGAUAAUUCAUUUUUUAAAAAAAGUUAUUUAGGCUUAAGUGCUUGUCAAACAGUCUGUUCUUGUUGGUAUCUGUCUAGUUUGGCUGCUUAUGCCAAGUUGACAGAUGAAUCUGUGCCAAAAUACAUUUACAGUUUGACAGAACGUGCAGCCUUUGACGUCAAGGCUGAUAUGGGAAGUGUUUUCUCCUCCUUUGUGUUAUCUUAGCUGUGCACAAUUAUAUAAUUAGUUGAAUUUCUUUAUUUGCAUUUAGCAUUUAACAGACCCACCAUAGGUGAACGUCAUGCUGCCAAAGAGCUGAACUGUCUGCAUUAAGAACUGGAUCUCUGCGCCGUUUCAGCUCAGAAACGGAGUGGGAAUACGAAAAAGGGAGGAGGACGUGAGCUCAGUUGGAGCCAAUGCAGCAGCAGAGUCGGCAGCCUGACCUAGUGGAGGGAAGCCUUCCAGUGUUUGUGUUCCCCACCGAGCUGGUGUUCUACGCAGAUGAGCAGGCUUCACAUAAGCAGGUGCUCACCCUCUACAACCCGUAUGAGUUUGCUCUUAAAUUCAAAGUUUUGUGCACAGCGCCAAACAAGUAUGCCGUGGUGGAUGCCACUGGUGCUGUUAAACCGCAAUGUUGCGUGGAUAUCGUGAUCCGCCAUAGGGAUGUGCGGGCCUGUCAUUACGGGGUGAUUGAUAAGUUCCGGCUGCAGGUGUCUGAGCAGAGUCAGAGGAAGGCUUUGGGCAGGAAGGAAGUGAUGGCCACUCUGCUGCCCUCCGCCGCUCAGGAGCAGCCCCAGGUCCGGCCCCAGGAAGAGGAGCGCAGGAUGAAGGAGCAGCUUGCUGACAGAGUCUUCUUUGAGCAGACUGCAUUCCAGACAGACAGCCGUUCAGCAUCUGGGGGUCCCAGCCUCCUCACUGUCCUUUUAGGCCUGGUGUGUAUGGCGGCCCUUAUGCUCCCAACACUGGGAGAGCAGGAAUCCACAGUGCCUGUCUACCUCCACUUAAGUGUUAACAAGAAACUUGUAGCUGCUUAUGUUUUAGGUCUUCUUACAAUGGUUAUUCUGCGCACUUGAAGUGUUCUCGAAAACGAUCUUGCUGAAAGGAACUUUGAUGAUGAAGAGGGGAGAUAUGGACAUUAACACAGCCGGGAGGGUUGUGAGGAUGGAGGGGAAGCACGUUUGAGAAACUCCCUAUAAACAGGAACUAACUUCUUAAAUGAUCAUCGCAAACUCACAGACACAAUGAAGAUCCAUGGGCGAGGGGAGGGGAGUGCUCUGUGUUUACAGGCCGAAAACUGACUGAGCUGGCAUUGAAUCCAGCUAACUAUUAUGUUAAGUGGGAGGGGGUGUAGAGGAACAUGAAUACAUUAAAUUAAAUGUGUUGUUAUACGUCAUAUUCGGUGUCUGUGGAUUUUUGUUGCUUAUUUCAAGACUGAAAAUGGCUUUUUUUGUUCUGAUGUUUGUCCACUGCUUAAAUCUUGUGCACAGUAAUCUAUAGAUGCCACAUCAAAUAAAGAAAACUGAUUGUUAAAAGCA